AUGAGGAAUCUCUCUGUAGUGACUCAGUUUAUAUUGCUGGGCAUCCCAAACACAGAGGGUCUGGAGACCAUGCUCUCUGUCCUGUUUUUGUCUUUCUACAUCUUCACCCUGUUGGGAAACUUAUUAAUCUUAACGGCCAUUAUCUCCUCCACUCGGCUUCAUACCCCCAUGUACUUCUUCCUAUGUAAGUUGUCUAUUUUUGACAUAUUUUUUCCUUCUGUGAGUUCUCCCAAGAUGCUGUUCUACCUCUCAGGAAACAGCCGAGCCAUCUCCUAUGCAGGCUGUGUGUGCCAGCUCUUCUUCUACCAUUUCCUGGGUUGUACUGAAUGUUUCCUGUACACAGUGAUGGCCUAUGACCGCUUCGUUGCCAUAUGCUACCCUCUACGCUACUCAAUCAUCAUGAGCCACAGAGUAUGUGCCAUCUUGGCCACAGGCACCUCAUUUUUCGGUUGUAUUCAGGCUACUUUUCUAACUACUCUCACCUUCCAGUUGCCCUACUGUGGUCCCAAUGAGGUGGACUAUUACUUCUGUGACAUCCCUGUGAUGCUGAAGCUGGCCUGUGCAGACACAUCAGCCCUGGAGAUGGUGGGGUUCAUCAGUGUGGGCUUGAUGCCCCUCAGUUGCUUCCUCCUCAUCCUUACCUCCUACAGCUUUAUAGUCUGUGCUAUUCUACGGAUCCGCUCUGCUGAGGGACGUCGAAGAGCCUUCUCCACCUGCAGUGCCCACCUCACUGCCAUCUUACUUUUCUACAUGCCCGUUGUCCUUAUAUACUUAAGGCCAACACCAAGUCCUUGGCUGGAUGCAACUGUUCAGGUCUUAAAUAAUCUGGUCACCCCUAUGCUAAACCCACUGAUCUAUAGCCUCAGGAAUAAGGAGGUGAAAUCAUCACUGUGGAAGUUCCUACAUAACCCUGGCUUUCUUCCUGAGCAGUUGUAA